AUGCUGCGCGGUGUCUCGUUGGCGCCGCAGCAGCGGGCGGUAAAGGACCCGCAAGACUUCCCCAGCGAGCUGAAGAACUCUCUCCUCGGUGUGCCACCCUUCCCUGCUCCUACGGGCUACGGGUCGGUCGGCGGCAGCGGCGCCAACUCGGCGCCGGUAUCGUCGCCGCUUCUGUCACGUGAGGCGUUGCAAGUGCAGAACCUCUUUUCGAGAGAGCCUUCCCCGUCCUCGCUCAUGUCGCGGGUGUUUCGCUCGGCGAAGCCCCGCUACAGCACCGGGCUCACGGGGCAGGUGCCGGUCUUCGACUACAACGGCAACCUCACGACGCGCCAGGUCGGCGUCCACACCUUUCGCUUUCGCAGCCUGUCCCUCUUCUACUUUCUUCGCUCGCAGCCGUGGACGGUGCUAAUCACGUACUCCGUCAUCCUCUACCUCAUUAUUGUGCUGCUCAUCACAGCCGCCUACUACGCGUGGGGGGUGGCGUGCGGGGCGGCAAUGAACGUGGUGUCUGCCAUCUACUUCACGGUCGUGAGUCUAGCGGCGAACGGCGGGUACAUGGGCGAAGACGGGGACACGAUGACUGACGCCACUCACAUGUGCUACCGCGGUCGCACCGCAAUCGUGAUGGUGUGCUCGUACGUGAACAUCCUGUUUGUCGGCCUCGUCGCAGCCCUCGUGGUCAGCAAGGCUGAGUACACGGGCAAGCUCGGCCACCGCGUCGUCUUCAGCGACUUCUGUACGCUGACAACCGUCCCGGGCCGGGUGGAUCGGUGGCGGCUGGUGUUUCGAGUCGCCAACGUAGACAACCACAUUCCACUGGCUCGCGGCAAGCUGCGCCUGUUCUGCGUUACGGCAGAGCCCCUCAAAGAGUACCACAUACAGCAGCAGCAGCAGCAGCAGCUUCAGGCGCUCCGGCACUCGCGUCCCGUGAAGAAACUCGCGGAAUCGACGUGGAGCGGCAUUCAUCCGCUCCUGCCAGGGGUGGAGUACGACGGAGGUGGCGGCGGGCGGCAGCCGCAGCGGACAGCGCCGCCGCCGGCGGAGGCAGAUGCGAAAUGUCACACUGCAAAGGCAACGAAACGACAUGCGAAGGCGCAUCGUCGUCUACACAGCACGCUGGCCCCGCCGGCGCCACACGACUCCGCUGAGAGCAGCAGCAGAGAGGAUAGAAGCGGGUUGACCCGGGCGCAGCGGAAUCGACAGCUGCACAAGAGCGGCAGUGGUGGCCAUACAGACGAGGCGGACAGACCAGGGCGCCAUCGCGGGCAGCGCAGCGAAGGCUCUCUCAGUCCCCAGAAACGCCACAGCAUGCCGUCCGCAGAAAGCGGGGGACACUGGGGCACCUCAAGCGGCCCCAGCAGGUGGGCGUCGACUGCGUCGUCUGGCUCUGACGAUUCCACGCUGAGCACCUCCGUUGCUUCAUCCCGCUUCCUGUCGGCCUCGUCGGCUGCGAAAGCCACCUCCUCCACGCGCGCAGGACGCAAGGCGGUCGGCAGAGAGAAGGCACCGUCGCCGAAGUCGAAAAGCAGCGCAGCGGUGGACAACGUGGACGUGGACAAAGCGAACUCGUCCGUGAGCAGCCAGGAGGGCAGCUGCCUCUACGCAGCCUCCCCAUUGACGGAGGUGGGAAAGGAGCCCAGCGUCGCCUUUGCCGGCAAGCGGUCUCUGCUCCCCACUGGCAUUCCUGAGCCUGCUGUCUCGGUCCCCAUUCUAAGCCACUUUCCCAACGUGGAUGCCGGCAAAACGAUGGAGCGGGUGCAUCUGUGCGUUCAUGAGAUGCGCUGGACCUGCGCCGGGGAGACUUACCUCGACCGCGGUGAACGCGGGCAGCUUUCCCUGUGGUAUCCGGCCGACAUCAUUCACAUCAUCGACGAGCGCAGUCCGCUGCGCCCCUUCUUGGAGCUGCCACACGUCGCGGCGUCGCUCGGUAGCGGCGGUGCCGCUGCCAACGCGCUGUCCGGAUUCCCGUCUCGCGCUGACCUGGUCCGGCAACACUUCCAGAUCGUGGCUGUCUUUGACGCGACCGAGAUGGAGACCGGCUCGACCAUUACAGCGAAGCGCACCUACGCCAAUGAGGACAUUGUAGCCCACUACAAGUUCUCUGACCGCCUGGUGCACGUGCACCCGGAGAGCAGCGAGGUGUUGCUGGACUUCCACUACUUCAACGCCUUGCUGCCGAUGAACCUCGUCGAGCCCUCCACGACGGAGUCGGACAUGUAA